CGUGCGUGUUGCGGAGAGCGGGGCUGCGGCCUAGUGACUGAGCAGAGACCGGGACCUCGAUUUUGCAGCGAUCCCAGACACCAUGGCCCCACGGCUGCAGCUGGAGAAGGCCGCGUGGCGCUGGGCGGUGACCGUCAGACCGGAGGAUGUGGGGCUGGAGCAGAUCGAGACCGCUUACCGAGUGCGGCUGGAGCCCUGCGUGCGGGGGGGGUGCAGAAGGAACUGCAAAGGAAAUCCAAACUGUUUGGUUGGGAUUGGUGAACAUGUUUGGUUGGGAGAAAUAGAUGAAAACAGCUUCCACAAUAUUGAUGAUCCAAACUUUGAGAGGAGGAAAAAGAAUACGUUUGUUGGUUUGACAAAUUUGGGAGCCACCUGUUAUGUCAAUACGUUUGUUCAGGUGUGGUUUCUAAACUUGGAGUUCCGCAGAGCGCUUUAUCUUUAUGAGAAUUCUUGGAGUGUGGCAAAGGCAGAAGAAUGUAUCCUGGAAGAUAAAGAAUAUGAGCCGCAAUCAAUCUGUGAACAACUGCAAUACUUAUUUGCUUUGUUACAAAAUAGCAACAGACGGUACAUUGAUCCUUCUGGCUUUAUAAAAGCACUUGGCUUGGACACUGGGCAGCAGCAGGAUGCCCAGGAAUUUUCCAAGCUGUUCAUGUCCUUGCUCGAAGACACCUUGUGCAAACAGAAGAACCCCGAUGUUAAAAACAUUAUCCAGAAGCAGUUCUGUGGGCAGUAUGCAUAUGUCACAGUCUGCAGUCAGUGUGGCCGUGAAUCCAAGCUGCUGUCUAAAUUCUACGAACUGGAACUGAACAUCCAGGGCAACAAACAGCUUCCGGACUGUAUCAGUGAGUUCUUGAAGGAAGAAAAGCUGGAAGGAGACAAUCGAUAUUUCUGUGAGAAUUGUCAGAAUAAGCAAAAUGCUACAAGAAAGAUCCGAUUGCUCAGUCUUCCCCCAACGCUGAACCUGCAGCUGAUGCGCUUUGUAUUUGACAGGCAGACUGGUCACAAGAAGAAGCUUAAUACCUACAUUGGGUUUUCUGAGACUCUAGACAUGAGUCCAUAUCUGGACAGGACAGAUGGGGAAUGUGUGUAUGAGCUGAGUGCCGUGCUCAUACAUCGUGGAGUAAGCGCUUACUCUGGGCAUUACAUAGCACAUGUGAAAGAUCCACAGUCUGGUGAAUGGUAUAAAUUUAAUGAUGAGGAGAUCGAGAAGGUGGAGGGGAAGAAACUCCAGCUUGGGAUUGAGGAAGAUCUAGCUGAGCAUUCAAAAACCCCAAUACGCAAACCCAAAUGUGCGAAGGGCAUUCAUUGCUCUCGUAAUGCCUACAUGUUGGUGUACAGGCUGAAGACUGAUAAGACAGAUGCUGUAAAGUUUGAAGUGCCAGUUUUCCUACAGAAACUGGUGGAACUGGAUAACUGCAAGUUCGAGGAAUGGUGCGUGGAGAUGUCGGAAAUGCGCAGAGAGAGCGUAGACAAAGGGAAAGCCAAACACGAGGAGGUGAAGGAGCUUUACCAGAGAUUACCUGCUGGAGCUGAUAAUUCUUAUGAGUUUGUGCCUCUGGAGUGGCUCCAAAAAUGGCUUGAUGAGUCAACCCCUACAAAGCCAAUAGACAAUUCCAAAUGCUUAUGCCCUCACGGGUUACUGCACCCUGACAAAAUCUCCGCUAUGAAGAGAAUCUCACAAGGUGCAGCGGAAAUCUUUUUUAAACGGUAUGGAGGCAGUCCUCGUCUGACAGCAGAUGCAUUGUGCAAGGACUGUGUGGUUGAGAGGUGCCGGGUACUUCGUCUGAAGAACCAAUUAAAUGAAGAUCAUAAAGCAAUCUCAAAUUUGGUGAAAGUUACUGCAAAUAGUGGGGAAGGUUUUUGGGUUGGGAAGGGAUCACUUCGUCGAUGGCGCCAACUGGCAAAAGAGCAGUUGGAUCAGCAGGAUGAAGAAUGUGAUCAGAGCAACGGAAAUGUUAAUGGAGAUGAACCAAAGACAGAUGACUUGCUCGAAGAAAAGAAAGAAACUGAUUCUGAGCUUGGGUUUAAUGAAGAUAUUAUUUGUGAACAUGGAGGUCUCUGUAUUUGUGAAAGUGAGAGGAGAGUAAUCACAGAUGAAGCGUGGUUUAAACUGAAGGAAUACUUUCCCAAUGCUCCGGUGUUUCGACAUGAUCAGGAAUCCUGCUCCCAUUGCAAGAUUUUGGAAAUAGAAGGUGAGAAACAUGAAGCCCUACAUAAGAUGAUGGCCAAUGAGCAGAAAACAGCCCUUCCAAACCUUUUCCAGGACAAGAACAGACCCUCAGGAGGCAAUUGGCCUCAGGAAGCGUCUGAGCUCUAUGUUGUAUCUCAGUUUUUUGUGGAAGAAUGGAGGAAGUUCAUUAGGAGACCAACAAAAAGCAGCCCUGUCUUCUCUCUGGGGAACAGCAUCCUCCUGUGUCCACACGGGGGCCUUAUGUUUACAUUUUCCAACAUGACGAAGGAGGACGCCAGGCUUCUAGCUCUGAUAUGGCCUGACGAAUGGGAAGCCAUCCGAAAACUCUUUACUGUUGACCAUACAAUCAAAAUCACCAAAACAUUUAUAAAGGAGGAGGACGCCACGGUAACUCAGCGUUACGUGUCAGAUCCUGAAUUAUGUCCAGAGUGCCGGGAGGGUUUAUUAUGUCAACAGCAGAGGGACAUGCGAGAAUAUGCACAGGCUACAGUCUAUGUCCACAAGGUGGUGGACGAUAAAAAGGUGAUGAAAGAAGCGGCUCCAGAACUGAACGUGAGCAGCUCAGAACCAGAAGAUGAAAAAGACGAUCCCCGACCAGAGGGUGAGAGUGAUCCUGAUUUCAAUCAGGCCAACGGGGCAGCAAAGAGACAGAAGGUGUCCAGUCAAGGCUUCCUUUCCCAUCAGAAGCAAGGGAUUCGCCGCAGCACGCGGCAUCGCAAAGUGAGAGGAGAAAAGGCUUUACUGGUCUCCGCUAACCAGACUUUAAAGGAGCUGAAAAUUCAGAUCAUGCAUGCGUUUUCCGUCGCCCCAUUUGACCAGAACUUGUCUCUGGAAGGGAAAGUACUGGACAAUGACUCUGCCACUCUCGGGGAGUUAGGAAUCAUUCCAGAAUCAGUCAUUGUGUUAAAGGCUGAUGAACCACUUGCAGAUUAUGCCAGUAUGGAUGAUGUACUGCAAGUUUGUAUGCCAGAAGAAGGAUUUAAAGGAACUGGUCUGCUUGGGCAUUAGAACUGUGACAACUCAACCUGCAAAUAAAGCGAAUUUACAAAGGGUGCAAAAUGUAUCAGCUGUGAGAAUAGCAGAUACAGACUCGUCACCUCCCGAAUGCAUUGCCCAUGCCGAAUGCCUUACAAUGACUUUAGCAGAUUGCACUGAAGGACUGCAGAAGGAGAGGGUUGGAAGAGGGGGGGGUGAAUGACAUUUUUUUUAAUGUAUAUAAUUGAGGAAAUAAAAUCUAAAAUGUCGAGGAAGAGCCGCCAUAUAACUUGUUUACAUACAGAGUUUAGAUAAUAUUCGGUAUGUUACGAGUAUUUUGAUUGAUCCCCAUUGGGACAGAGGUACUUGAGCUGCAAGGUCUUCUGGGUAGUGGAAGCUCUUAACACAAUGGCCUGUGUCAGACCUAUUAAAAAUGGAUACUUUUUUUUGCAGUUUCCUUAAGGCAUGAGACUGGUUUUUGUUUGUAGGCUUUAGACUGCCAUGCUGCACUGUUUCAUUCACACACAUACAUUGGCUGUUAGAAUUCCCAAUAAUUCAGCUCAGUAUGAUCUGGGUUGUUAUGUCAAACGUACAAUGUGAAUAAAGCAAGUUGCUUUUCCUAUGGA